CCGUAAUGAUCUAUUUACGGGUAUAUGUUGUCCCACCAAUGCUCGGUAGGCUUAAAUCAGGAUAUGGAACUAAUAUAAGUUCUAGAAUCUAUAGUAUUGGAGCUAUUAAUAUUAUAAGAAUACGACAUUAUUCAAGUAGUAUACAGGAGGAGUUUAAUAAACAAGAUAUAGAAAAGGCAAGAAAAUGGUUAGAUAGUGCUACUAUAGAUUCUAUUCCUACAAAAAUCUUUGAAAUAUCAUAUAGUCGAUCAUCAGGUCCAGGAGGUCAAAAAGUUAAUAAAACUUCAUCUAAGGCAACUAUAUCUCUUGAACCUCAUCAAUGGCUUAAUUCCCAAUUUUGUUAUUGGAUUCCUAAACCUAUAUUAGCUCAAAUAACUAGUAAACCAAUACGUUAUGAAACAAAAACUGGAGGAAUUUUAAUUCAAAGUGAUACUUCUAGAAAUAGAGAAAUUAAUACAGAAGAAUGUUUUAAGAAAUUAUUAACUGCUAUAAAGGAAAGAGCAGAAUUUGCUGGAGAAGUUAGUGAAGAAGAUAUUGAAAAAUGGGAACAAAUUAAAGAAGAAGUUAAUGAGAAGAGAUUAUACAGUAAGAAGAAAUCCAGUGAUAAGAAAAAGAACAGAUCCAAGAAAUUUGAUUGGUGAAUUAACCUUUACAUAAUUAUAAAUAGAUAUAGGUAUAGAUAUGGAUAUAUAAGUAUAUAUGUGUAUAUAUAUUCAUCUUGUAAAUAUAAUGUCAUAUACAUAGUUGC